AUGGUGUCCUUGGAGCGGGAGUACGUUCUCGGCUCCUUCUGCGAGCUGCGCAUCAUCACCUCGCUCUCCUCCACACAGCUGUCCAAGGUGACGCUGCGAAAGCCGGUGGAAGACAACUACACGUCAACAGUGGAGCGGGCAGAGGUAUUUGGGACAGAGCUGAUUCCGGGAGUGCCAGUGCACCUGCCGCCCGGCCGCUCCCUUAGCAUCUUCACCUCCACCGGCUGCACCCUGCUACUGAUGGCACCGCCGACGGUGCUGCAGCGCUGCUAUGCGACGUCGCUCGGGGCGACCUGGGUGCGCUCGUUGCUGGAUUUUCACUCCCACCUGGAGCGCGCACGAGUGGAGGCCCGAGGCCGCGACGACGUUGGACCUCGCGUGCUUUUCGUGAGUGACCGGCACCACUGCGGGGCGAGCACCUAUGUCCGCUGGCUGAGCAACUUUGCCGUGCGCCUCGGCUACCACCCCCUGCUGCUCGAUGGGGUGCUGGACACCCCCGCCUUCGCGUUCCCAGGCAGUAUAGCCCUCUUUCACGCCCAGCACUGCAUGGACAUCGAGGAGGAGAUGAAUCUGACGCCGGCGCUGUAUGCCCAAGUCGCCCAGUCGCGUGUGGCCAACCCACGACUCUACCAGCACUGGGUGCAGCAGCUUCUGCCGAACGGCAUGGAGAAGAUGGCGCGCAGUGAGCGCUGCCGCGUGGGCGGGCUGUUCUUUGACUUUGGCGUGGUGGAGCCGCACGCGGUGGAGCAGGCGGAAGUGGCGGCGGCAGCAGCGGUGUCGAGCGUCGACCCAACCGCCUCUGCCUCCCCUGCACCUGCCGCACUGGGGAGCGAUAAGGCGCAGACGAACCCACUCGACACUCUCCUGGACACCAUUGUGGCUGCCGACAUCGAUCACGUUUGCGUCGUGGGUAGCUCAUGGCUUCGGUGGAAGCUCGUGCAGCGUGCAUGGGAGCGCUUUGGUGGUGAAGGGUCGAUGAACAUUGUGCAGGCGAUGCUUGAUCCGCGCUGGAACGUGCCACCCGAGGUGGCCUGCGGAGGCGGGCAGCACUUCAAGAUCUUUCUUUUAGACUCCGUGGAGCUGGUGCGCUCGGUGCCGGUACCGCUAUGGAAUCGCCAGCGGUGGCUGCAGUACUUCUUCGGCACCCCGACAUCGCCAGUGAAGCCGACCCUCAUCACCCUCGAGGCCUCGCAGGUGCGCGUCGCCACCGUCGGAGCGGCAGCGAUCGACGCCAUGUCGACACUACUCCCGAUGAUGGACAGCGAGGACGUGGACCGGCAGAAGGCGGAUGUGGCGGCCGUGUCCUUCGUUACGCUGCAGGACGUCGCCCUGAAGGAACGAAUCGUCGCCAUCAGCACAGCCACUGAGUACGAGCGCAGCCCUGACGGGGAGCUUCACCGACUCCCGUUCAGUGUGUUCGAGCGCAGGAUCCGGCAGGGCACUGUGCUUGGGUUUGCGCUGGUGGAAUCCGUGACGCCGGAGCGGCUCACGCUGCUUGUGAGCGGCUGUCCGCUCGACAAGGAGCUUGGCCUUUGCUUCCUUCUCACGGAGGAAGUGCUGAAGAGUUGA